GGCCCCAAGUCAGUGCUGGACUAGGGUCGCCGUAUUCUUAUUUCAAAAAGUAUCAUGUUUUAAAAUAAGAAAAUUGUAGUUCUACUAUAUGUAUAUAUGUACCGUUAAAACACCAUACUUGAAGAGUCCAGCAUCUCGAGUGUUCCGUGCAUACAGUUGUCGGCUAUACAAUUAAAUCAAGCACAGUCAAGUUUGUAUAAGAUGUUACCUUUAUCAUUAUUAAGGACUGCGCAGAACCAUCCCAUGCUGGUGGAACUGAAGAAUGGGGAAACAUACAACGGCCACUUGGUCAACUGCGAUAGUUGGAUGAACAUCAUUUUGCGAGAAGUAAUUUGUACAUCGAAGGAUGGCGACCGAUUUUGGAGGCUGCCGGAGUGUUACAUUCGGGGAAAUACAGUAAAAUAUCUCUCAAUUCCGGACGAGGUGCUCGAUAAAGUCAAAGAAGAUCAAGUUACGUCCAUGAGCACAACGGGUCGUGGGCGUGGGCGCGGCGGCGACCGUGGGCGUGGGCGAGGUGGUGACCGUGGACGUGGUAGUGACCGAGGAACACGUGGUAGAGGAGGAGGCAGAGGUCGCGGGGAUGGGAGGGGCAGAGGAGGUCGGAGCGGGGGUGGGGGGCGUGGAGGUUACAACAAAGAGGAUGCCAGUCAAUAGAUAUAUUUAUUUAAUUUAAGAUUAUACAAUGCAAGUAAAGACGUCGUUGAU